GUUUCAUUGGGGAAGUUUUUUGGGAGGCGUCUUCUUCCGACCUUUUCGCUUCGCUCUUUCUCUCUGUCGGUGUAUAGGGUUUCGAACAAAAAUCAACAGCACGAUGAAUAGAAACCUCAAUGGCGAGGCUGAUCAUCAAAUUCUAAACAACGUCGACAACGUCGUCGUAAUAUUAGAAGAAGAUAAAAUCACUUUCCGGAGUCCCUUCCCUAGAUCGCACGCAACUGAUGUUCAAGAAGCUUGGCCGGCAAUGGAAUCUGCUUUAGCAGGGUUUGGCAUGACAUGUGUUUUGAAUAUGGAUCAGUAUCUCAUCACAUUCGUUGCACCCAAGCAUUUGAAUCGGGAUGUUUCUCGCAACUCUAAAAUACUUCUUCGACUUUUGUCAGUGAGAGUUCCUGCACUUCAGGCAUUAAGAGUAAUUGACGAAGCGCAAGGUGACAUCAUCUACACUGGGUUUCAUGAAUGGGGGCUUUGCAAUUAUUAUGAGAUCAAUAUGGAUAAAUAUCUUAAGCGGAAGAAGUUUCUCACGGCUAUCCCAGAAAAGGAACUUGGACAAUUAACGGGAUGUGAUGUGUAUGUACGCCCCAUGAAUGAUGUGGUCGCCGCUAUAGGUCCACUUGGAGGGUUGAAGAUAGUCAGGAAGCUUGUGACCGACAGCAUUGUUUACAAAGUGGAUCCUUUAUCCUUUAUGAGCAAGUAUAAACUUCAACUUCAAAAGUUGAAUAGCAACGUCAACUGCGAGGCCGAGCAGCAAGACCCAAUUCCAAAUGACGUCCACCACUACAUGCCCAUGGAGAUCGAAAACUCUGGCUCUUCGUCGGACGAAGAUUAUGAACAAGUCACCGUAAUAGUACAAGAAGAUAUCAUCACUUUCCGGAGUCCCUUCCCUAGAUCCCAAGCAACUGAUGUUCAAGAAGCUUGGCCGGCAAUGGAAUCUGCUUUAGGAAGGUUUUGCAUGACGUGUGUUUUGGAUAUGGAUCAGUAUUUCAUCACAUUCUUUGCACCCAAGCAGUUAAGUCGGGAUGCUUCUCAGAACUCUAAAAUGCUUCUUCGACUUUUGUCAGCGAGAGUUCCUGCACGUCGGGCAUUAAGAGUACUUGACGAAGUGCCAUGUGACAUCAUCUACACUGGGUUGGGUAAAUCUGGGGUUUGCACUAAUUAUGGGAUCAAGAUGGAUAAAUAUCUUAAGCGGAAGGAGUUUCUCAUGGCUAUCCCCGAAAAGGUGCAUAAAUCGUCGUAGAUCGAGCCAAGCAACAAGACAAGUUGAAGAAGCCGGGGCAUGACCCAAUUCCAAACGACGCAGACCACCACAUCUCCAUGGAGAUAAAAAAACUCUGGCCAUUCGUUGCACGAAAAUACUGUAGAAGUCACCGUAUUUGCAACAGAAGAUAUCGUCUCUUUCCGGUGUCCCUUCCGUAAAUUCCAAGGUACCUUCUCCUCUUGUUCUCAUUCUUUUUUUGUUGUUGUUGUUGUUAGGCUGCUUGUAAACUUGCUGAGAGACCAUCCUCAGUUGCCGGCGGCACCAGAGCCGCCCAUGCCCCAUCCUCUCCCUCCAUCUCUCUCUCCUACCACUCCUCUUUCCCUCUUACUUUCUACUCUCCCUUUUCCCUCUCUCUAUCCUCUCCUCCUUCCCCCUCUCUGAGCAUUCAGCGGCUGAAGACCCGGCUGA